GACGAGCGAUCUCUGCUGCGAACAAACCAGACCAGCUAGUUUACUGCAAGCAAAGACGUCCGCAGCCGACUCUGACAGUUGUUUCAGUGUUAUUCAUUUGUUGUAUGAACGGCAAUGUUUUUUUUCCUGUGGCACUCCCUCACCGAACCUUCCUGCAUGGAAAGGACAGAAAUCAGACGAUUAGGAUAAAGUGAAUAGACAGUGAAGAUAUGGAUGGUAUAGUGGUGUUUCCUAGGAAACGACAGUGUUAAUUGUCGAGUUGAAUUUGUAUUCAGUGUGCCAACAAUGCUAGUUCUUCGGAUUCUUCGUUGGUGAUGGUUUGUUUGUAUGUGUUUCCGAUAAGGUCGCAUCCUCGUGUGUGUAACUGAUUAAAAAUGACCCUUAUGAUGAAAGUAACGAGCAAUGUUUUCAGUUAGGAGCUGUAGUUACAUGGAUAUACCGCUGGAAUCAACAGACUUCUUGAUUGAAAUAUUUCAGGUGUGAACACCCCAAUCAAUAACCAAGGGAAAACAUGAGUUCAGUCUGAUGAAAACAGUGUACAUGCAAGCAGAGCAAACCCUGUGGGAUCGCCUUUUUACGAGCAAAGCCAGACAUGUAUGAGAUAUGAAGUAGAACAACGGAUGGAAAAAUGGCCGCCACACCCGGCCAAAUCAUAGCAGCGGCAGCCCGCUGGUCCGACGAGGGAUACUACAUACAGGAGUUCGUGGCGAAGAACAACCUUCCCGCCAUAGUGAAAAUAAUAAAGGGCCAAUACAGCGGCCUUGGGGUACCCACUCUGCCAAGUCCGGGCCUUCAGUCGAUCGCUCUUCUCGUUUCCGUCGGCAAAAGACAAAAAAUACUAGCGCAGGCGGUGAAAAUCAAAGAAGGAAAACGAUUAGUGAGUGUCGGUCCUAGAUUAGUGAUUCCAGAUAGUUAUUCCGGAUAUUUUGAACUUUUGAGUGAAGAAGGUAGGGCGGUUCGAUGCAUCGACAGCGUUUCCGAAUUGUCCAGACGAAGAGCCGAAGGAGGCUGCCUGGUCAGGGAGACCAUAAGGGCGGUACAAGCCAAAAUAGAUCCUCAAAGUGGAUCGGUUAGUCCAGAAGGUGCCAGAACUAUUCCUGCGGGUGAAAUACUAGUCCCAUUCGGAGAGAUCAGUCUACCAGGUUCCAAGAACCGUUAUCUCAAGUGCCUUGAUCCAAAAGGAGAUACUCUGCUGCUCGGAUUGGAACAGAGGGGCAAGUUCUCCAUUUUAGCUCGGGAGGAUAAUAUCAGUGGCGUACACACGGUAAAAAAUUUGCUUAGUAAACGGUUGCCACUUACUGUUAGGUUGGUACAUGGUACAGCACCAAGAGGAAUCAAGAGUCCAAGCCAGUUUGUGCCAGAAAUAAGACUUUUAUCUAUCGUCGAAGAAGAACACAUAUUUGCAGUGCCCCUCCAGAAGGAUGAUCAGAAUGUAGUAGCUCUACCUUUGAUAGCACCAUUGAAGUUACUUAAGACUAAAAAUGAAGAAAUAUUGAAAGGAAUGGUUGAGUACAAUAGACUGGUAGAGAGAGUGACGAAAUUAGCAACAGAAGUUUGCGAUCGGAUUCAAACGAUAGAGGGCAAACUCGGGGAAAGCAAGAAACUCCCUCCAACACAUCCGCCCGAUACAAGAAAUGGCUUUUUGCUACGCCGCAGUGCCUCAUCUGAUUCAACGAACCAUAAACCGAAACAUUCUCACAGGAGGGAUGAAAAUUUUGUGCCCAUUUCCAAAAACUACGACGAGAUCGAUCAGAUUUACGAUUAUGUCAGAGGGGUUGCACCUUUACCAAAAAACAUUCGUUCGCCUUAUUCAGAACCAAGUCCCUCGUCCAUUUCACACAGUUCAGCACCUUCGAACAUCCACUCCACGUCAGAUGUUAAGCCUGAACCACCACCAAUAGAUACAAUUCCGACUAAAAAAUUACACGCGGAAAAACGAAACAGGAAAACAUCAGCUUUCCAAGAAGCUCCUACUAAAGUGGUUCCUUGUAUCGAAAAGACUCCUCCAGGAUUGCCGAAGCUCUUUGUGAAAAACGGACAGUCGCAACGAGUGAGGUUACUUAGGCAGAAAAGUGCAUCCCCCAUCAAAGAAACUGCUCCAACGAGCCGCUCGAAGACAGGUUCGCCCUUGUUCAGUAUCAGAUACAAGUCUUUGAACAAUCUUCAAGUGAUGGAGCUUGAUGGUACAUUAGAUUCCAGCAAUUCUGGAAAUGAUUCCGGUGGUGUUGUGAAACAGCCCGAGAAGCGAUCAAGAAAACUAUCGAGACCCAGGAGUUUGACGAAUCUCAUCUGGGAAGUUAAAGAAUACCCUGAUAUCACAGUGCCAGUCAUAGAAAAAUCGAAGAAAGUUCAAGCAGCUGCCAUAAUAUCGAAGAAUAAGCAUUCUAAGUAUACCAUCAAUAGUCAACGUCGUGGUACUCUUUAUUUAUGAAUUAGUAAUGUUGAGGGGGAGAAUUCAAUCCUUCAUUUCGAAUACAGAGGAGAGAAUAUAAUCGGCAAUGUAGCUAAUUCUUUGUAGUUCAUCUUCGAAGCUGAGUUAAUAUUAUAUAUUUAUAACCACCAGGAAAAAAAGGAACUUUCAACAGUUUCACUAGAAUUGAAGUUUAAAUUUUUAUUUCAAGAUAAUUCUAACCUGAAAAUAAAAUAAAAAUGUAACGAGUUUAUGACCCAAUCGAAGUUUCUAGUCGCCAAAAUCAUCACCAAAUGGAAUUCAGUGUCUAACCUGCAUAUACUUUCUCAGUAAAGAAGAAAAAAGUAUCAUUCAAACAUCUUUUGACAUCAUGUUUGGAAAAAUUAAAGAUUUCCUGGCUCCACAAGUUACCUGUUUUUGUUUACAUGUUUAUCAUCCGAACAAAUACAAUGAAAGUAAAUUUUGAAUUUUUCAAAGCUUCAACUCUUUCAUUACUCGAUUAUGCAAACAUUAGUUUGUUUUAAUAGGGAAAUUAUCAAACAGGUUUUUGUUUUAAUUAGCUUUCUAUAAUGAACAAGGUAUAAAUCUUACUUUUUAAACUUUCUAAUACAUUCUCUGAUAAAAUAUCAAAAUCAUCAUUUUUUCAUUGAGAAAAUACUGAGAAGCUAAUGCAGAUAGAUAAAAGAAAAAAGUAAAAUAAAAUCCUAAAACGUAAGUGAACGUUAAAAUUUAUCAAGAUGAUGUUUUUGAAUUUCGCAAUUUCUUAACUAUAUAUCUAUCAUUGUGCAAUGUAAGCCAAUAUAAACAAAAAUAUAGAAUAUAUUGUAUCCUACUUUAUUUUUCAAUUUCGAAGGAUACCUGAUCUAAGACCAUAUCAUGUUCUAAAUUUUCGAAUAAUUUUCAAUGUGCCUUUUGAAAGACUAAAAAUUGUGUUAGUAUCGCGUACAUUAUUUAUACAUAAAAACUUUUCGUGUCGCAUAUAGACUCCCCCCCAAUAAGCUUGUGAUUUUUAUCAUAGUAUAAUAAUAGCAUGCCUUCCAUUUUUUUAAAUUUGUGAUUUUUUUAGUUUAAGUUCAUUUUGAUAAAACGUAUUGUGAUAAUGUUUUUGCGAGAGAGUAUUUUUUCGAAACUUUUCUACCAUAUAUAGGUAGAAUGUUAUUUGCAUAGAAAAUAUUUCCAAGAAUCUGCAGAUAUUAUUUCGAUAUAUAGUAGUUAUUCUUUAAUAUUGUAUGGAUGCUAAAAGUUAUGUUCUAGUACUUAUCAACACUUUUGGUCGAAUAUAAUAAAGUGCUAUUUUCUUC